AUGGCCGCUCCCGCUCAGCUGGCUUACCGCACCUCAAAGGGCAUCGGGGUCUUCAACGCAGCUCCCGUUUACCAGGCACUUCCUGGCUUCGACCGACCCGAAGGCAACCUGCGGUGCUGCUGCUACUCGCCCGAUAGCAGGUAUUUUGCAUGGGCUUCACCGGAACAGGUUUCGGUCAUCGAUACGUCCUCCGGCCAAGUAGUCACCACACUUCCUACGCCCAAUGUCUUUGAGCUCGGCUUCUCUCCGCUAGGCACUUACAUCAUUACCUGGCAGCGUCCCUCCAAGGAUGAAGAUGGCAACGCUGUCAAGAAUCUCAAGGUGUGGCAUACCGUUGCUGGCAAUGGCGAGAGUGCACAGGACCGUACAGUGAUCGGGGAGUACGUGCAGAAAUCGCAAACGGGUUGGAACCUGCAGUACACGUCCGACGAGGCGUUUUGCGCACGCGUUGUAACAAACGAGGUGCAAUUCUACCAAUCGAACGACCUGAGAACUGUUUGGAACAAGUUGCGCGUUGAAGGAGUAACCGACUUCGCGGUGUCGCCCGGCAAGAACCAUUCGGUUGCAGUUUUUGUCCCGGAGCGAAAGGGUAUGCCCGCUGCUGUCAAAGUUUUCCAAGUACCCCAGUUCAAUUCGGCCAUCUCGCAAAAAACCUUCUACAAGGGAGACAAAGUUCAACUCAAGUGGAAUGACCUAGGAACCAGUCUUAUUGUUCUCGCCCAGACCGAGGUUGACAAGACCAACAAAAGUUAUUAUGGCGAAACGAAUAUGUACAUUCUUAGCGCGAAUGGCUCUUUUGAUUCGCGCAUCCAGCUCGACAAAGAGGGUCCCAUUCAUGAUGUCUCUUGGUCGCCAAACUCGAAAGAGUUCGGAGUGGUGUACGGUUACAUGCCUGCCAAGACCACUAUCUUCAACGCCCGCGCUGUUCCACAGCACAGCUUCGACCUUGCCCCUCGAAACACCAUUCUAUUCUCCGCUCAUGGUCGCUUUGUUCUUGUGGCUGGAUUUGGAAACUUGGCUGGCCAAAUGGACAUUUACGAUCUUGAGAAGAAUUACCAUAAGGUUACCACCAUCAUCGCAUCCAACUGCACUCACUGCGAAUGGAGCCCCGAUGGUAAACAUAUUCUUACAGCGACCACGAGCCCCCGUCUCCGCGUCGACAAUGGAAUCCGCAUCUGGCAUAUUGGCGGUACUUUAAUGUAUAACGAGGACAUGGCGGAGUUAUAUCACGUGACCUGGCGACCUCAAAAGACUCAGUUGGAGAAUCCUCUCCAAACAGGGAGCCCCCAUGCUUCAGCUGUGGAUUACCUAAGCAAAGUGAAGACCCCAUCCAAACCAGCUGGCGCAUACCGUCCACCAGGCGCCCGUGGGAGUACCACCCCGCUCCUCUUCAAACGUGAAGAUGAGGGAGGAGCGGCGUAUACCAACACUGGAAUAUCCUCUAGCAAUGCUACUUUUUCUAAUGGGUUCGGAAAGCCGCGCCGCCGUGAGGUGGCUGGUGCUGAGGUUGUCGACAAUCUGCCCCCUGGCGCUGCUCCUGGUGGAGGUGUUAGCCUCACCGGCACCGGAGAGGCAGAGGGCGAGCUAUCGAAGGCUGCUUUGAAGAACAAGAAGAAGCGAGAAGCUAAGAAGGCGAGGGAAGCGGCAGAAAAAGCUGCUGGUCUUGGUGCCGAUGGAAUCAACGCUCCUUCUGGCCCCGCCAAUGCUGGUCGAAGCCCUGAGCGACGUGACACUCGUGGCCAGCAGCGUAGCCGUAGCAAAAGCAACGCGUACAAUAACAACGGUGGUAGGAGUCCAUCCCAGCAUCGAAAUUACGGAAACAGCCCGCACCGGCGUCAGGGAUCAGGUUACGAGGAUGGAAACCAUCGUGCUCAGAUGGGCCAGCAACAUCAUCAUCGUGCUGGUUCUGGAAACCGACACAACCAGCAUAAUGUGUCCGCUCACCAGGCUCCGCUGCAACUGAUGACGGAGAACCAUGGCCCGGCACCCGACUUGACGGUAACGAGCCCUGGGGAUGGUGGCCCACAUGACAAGAAGGUUCGCAGCCUUCUGAAAAAGAUUCGCGCGAUCGACGAUCUGAAGAUGAGACAAGCCGGAGGCGAAAAGCUCGAGGACACGCAGAUCAAGAAGAUCACUACUGAGGAAUCGAUCCGCAAAGAGCUUGCCGGCUUGGGCUUCACUGAGUAG